AUGGCGGGCCCAGCCGCUGGCCAAGCCUUUGUCCUGGAGGACCAAGCCGGGCCACAUUACACACUCGCUUGCUCGCCUGGAAACAACCUCACGUCAUUGCCUCGAAGCAACUUCUCGGCGCGCGUUAAGCUGGUGGAGAAGGCGGCCGCAGCCCUUCCCUCUCCAGCUUGCUUUCUAGAGGAAGGUUGGGAGAAGAAACGUCUGUUUGCGCCAGACACCACGCUCUCGGUCCUGUUUGACCCUCCUGACAAUGUGGAGGGAGCAAAGCCGCUGGCUCUGCCCCUCAUGGUGCUGAACUCGGGCCCGAGGGUCUGGGUUCAGCUGCAGCACUAA